GGAGUGUGGAUCAGACGGUUCAGUGUAGUGCUGAUGUCCAUGGAAAAUUCCACUGCUACUAUAAAUACUUUCAGUUGGUAGUUGCUAGGUAGUUAAUCAAAUGCAAAGCUUUUUGAUCAUAUUAAGUUAAGCUCCUCAAUAAUGGAGUUAAUAAUGCUACUCAUCAUAAUCAUCUUCACCAUCAUCUUCGUCUCAAAAAAAUUACUCAGCAAAUCAAAGUCAAAGCUCCCUCCUGGUCCAAAACCAUGGCCUAUCAUAGGCAACAUCCAUCAGCUAGGCAACAAACCUCAUCGUUCUGCGGCCGAGCUCUCAAAAACUUACGGCCCCAUAAUGUCUCUAAAACUAGGGAGCGUCACUACAAUAGUAAUAUCAUCUCCAGAAAUAGCCCAAGAAAUGUUUCUUAAACACGACUUAGCCUUUUCCGGUAGGAUGCUCCCACAUGCCCUUACGGCAACUAACCAUCACGAGUAUUCUGUGGCUUUUCUCCCAAUAUGCCCCAGAUGGCGGAACCUUAGAAAGAUUGCAACUGUCCAGUUAUUUACCAGUCGACAGCUUGAUGCUAGCCAAGCUUUGCGGCAGAAGAAGGUUAAUGAGUUAGUUGAGUUUGUGCAACAGUGUUGCGAAACUGGUGUGUCUGUUGAUAUUGGUAAGGCUGCGUUUACUACCACACUAAACUUGUUGGCCAACACAUUUUUCUCAAUGGACGUGGCUAGCCAUGUUUCUUCGGAAUCACAAGAGUUUAAGGAUCUUGUUUGGAAUGUUCAAGAAGAGGGAGCACGGCCUAAUGUUUCGGAUUUUUUCCCGUUAGUUAAGAAUUUUGAUCUGCAAGGAGUGUAUAAAAGGUCUUCAUAUUACCUUAACAAGAUGUUACGAUUUUUCGAGGAAAUUAUUGAUGCAAGGCUGAGUGAUCCCAUGGCUCCCAAGGAUGAUGUAUUAGGUAUUUUACUCAAGCUUGUUGAAGACGAGGAAUUGAACCUUAAUGAAGUAAAACAUAAUCUUGUGGGUUUAUUUAUAGCUGGGACGAGUUCCACCUCUAAUACACUGGAAUGGGCAAUGACCGAGUUACUACUCAAUCCAGAAAAAAUGAAAAAAGCUCAAACUGAAAUAGACCAAAUUCUUGGUAAAGAUGCGUUCAUUCAAGAAUCAGACAUCUCAAAGUUACCAUAUAUUCAAGCAAUAGCGAAAGAAACCCAUAGAAUGCACCCAGCAACCCCAUUUUUAAUACCUCACAAGGCGGUAAAAGAUGACAACUUAUGGGGCUACUUUGUGCCCAAAAAUACACAGAUAUGGGUGAAUGUAUGGUCUAUCGGUUAUGAUCCAAGUAUAUGGAUCAACCCGCAUUCAUUUUCACCUGAAAGGUUUCUUAACAAAGAAACCGCUGUGAAAGAUCGAGUUUGAGAUUUUGACCUUACACCCUUUGGAGCAGGGAGAAGGAUAUGUCCAGGUAUGCCUUUAGCUGAUAGGAUGGUACAUCUAAUCUUGGCUACGCUUACUCAUUCAUUUAGCUGGAAAUAUAUUGAUGGGGCAACUUCAAAAGACAUAGACAUGGAAGAAAAGUUUGGCAUUGCACUUCAGAAAGCUCAACCACUUCAAGCAAUUCCCCUCUCUAGAUGAUGAUCCCAUCAUCAUCCACGCAAUUUAUAGCUAUAUUUUCUUGAAAUAUUUAUCAUGAUUCUCCAUGUACUCAAAUAAUUACUCUUUAUCAGUAGUCUAUCUCUAUAAUAUAAGCGAAGAGGAGGGGACACCAAAAAUGAUAAUUCCUUUUAUACCCUUGAGUAAUAAAAUAAAAUUUUACCAUCUUUUAUCAUUA